CACACAAGUGUCCCACCUGCAGAUGUAAACAGUGAUGACCCUCACUCUGUUCAGGUAGAUUUAAGGAGAAGGAAAAGAAAGAGGAGCAUCUGAAGGCAAAACAGGGAGGACUUCAAAACGGCAGAGAGGAAGUCGUCCUAUUUGUAGUAUUGAGCUGAAGCCCGUCCUCCCUGGCAGAGGAUGGGUACAGCAGAAGCCACUUUACGCAUGGACAGCAUGGAGGUUAAGGACGAGUGGCAGGAUGAGGACUUCCCCAGGCCACUACCAGAGGAUGGAGAUGUUGAUUCAUCAUGUGGCCUCACUGACAACAGAACCAAUCCUCCCACCACUCUGAAUGUGGGCCAGUCCAUGGUCCAGCGUAAGCGUCGCACUCUGGUCGCCCCUGACAUGAACCUCUCCCUGGAUCAGAGCGAGCUCUCUGAUGACUUCCUUGAAACGCCCGAUGACCUGGACAUCAACGUAGAUGACAUCGAGACUCCUGAUGAGACAGACUCGCUGGAAUUCAUCAACAAUGGCAACGAGCUGGAGUGGGAAGAUGACACUCCUGUCGCCACUGCCAAGCGUCUUCCAGGUGAAGGUGAAGAGGAGAGAGACUCAUCUGGUCGUCUGUGGCGAACAGUGAUCAUCGGUGACCAGGAGCAGCGGAUUGACAUGCAGGUCAUCAGACCGUACCUGAGAGUGGUCACACAUGGAGGUUAUUAUGGUGAGGGUCUGAAUGCCAUCAUCGUGUUUGCAGCCUGCUACCUUCCUGACAGCGGCUGCGAGGACUACACAUACAUCAUGGAGAAUCUCUUCCUGUAUGUUGUGAGCAGCCUCGAGCUGCUGGUGGCAGAAGAUUACAUGAUUGUUUACCUAAACGGAGCAACGCCGCGCAGGAAGAUGCCUGGCAUCAGCUGGCUGAAGAGAUGCUACCAGAUGAUUGACAGGAAACUGAGGAAGAAUCUAAAGUGUCUCAUUAUCGCUCACCCAACAUGGUUCAUCAGGACCGUCCUGGCUAUCUCCAGACCUUUCAUCAGUGUGAAGUUCAUGGAUAAGAUCCGAUACGUUCACACCCUGGAGGAACUCAGCCAGAUCAUCCCCAUGGAGCAUGUGCAGAUCCCAGAGUGUGUGUUGCAGUAUGAUGACGAGAAAGUAAGAGCACAAAGGGAAAGACUUGAGCAAGAGCAGCAGCAGACCAACUCAACAAUGCCUAAAGAAAGGCCAAAGUCAAUGAUAGCAGAUGUUAGCCGUGACAUCUGACAUUAAGGGCUUUACAUUGAAGAACCAACAGGGGAGAAUUCAUUCAUUAAAAUGGGAGCCAGGAUAGACCACCAUCACACACUUUUUGCACAGGAUUAAACCUCCUGACUGGAUCCACUCGCUGCAAGACAAUCUUUACUCAGAAACAUUAUCUUCAGUGACAUGCUUGCUUCUAACUAAAAGUUAAUAUUACACCAAAGCAUUACAAGAUAUAGCUAAAUAAAAAAGUGUCUGCUCGUGCAUGAGCUUUAUCUACAGCAUGACUCCAACUAUUUAAAUAAAAAACUGAGGACGUUUUAGGAUGAACCCUGAAGCAUUGUCCGACAGAGCCGGGAAUAUUAUUCAACGUAUUCAUGCUUGUGUAUAUAUUUUUGAGAAAGGUGUUUACACAGAUAUUUGGUUUUUGAUAUGAAUGGCAUGGGUAUUGUUUGGUUUCGAUGGCUGUUUCCUGAAAAAUAAUGUGCAAUGUUCUUCUUAGACCUACAGUACAUGUUACUGAUGCAAAACGUGUGUUACAGUAUUCAAGUUUUCCAGAGUUUGAUAUGCAGGUGGCAUGCUUGUUUAUAUCCUUCUGUCUCUGUGACACUUGUUAUUGUCCGUUUUUUAAGUCAUUUGCCAUCAUGUUUCAAAAGGUCCUUUUACAAGACGGAAAGCAUAUGUUAUAAAUGAAAUGAAAUAUAUUUAAAGAGAGACAAAUUAAUUGCUAAAAGUGUUAUUUAUGAUAUUGUGCCAUUUAAUGUUUGUAAAAAAUAAAAAAAUAAAAAAAUAAAUGAGUGAACUAAAACAAGCUUUGUUCAU